UUCCCCUUCCCCUACCCCUGGUCUAACAGGCCAAAAAUCCACUAGUGCCUCGGGCCUGCCAACAAUUAUAAACGUCCUUCUCUCUUCCUCCCCCCUCUCCUCUUCUUCUUCCUCCACGACACUCUUUCCCACCAAAACCACCAACAAUGGCCACUCUCUCGACUCAGCCAGCUAGUAUGGCAAAGCCGUCAGAGGCUCCCGUCCGGGCCACCAAAAAAUAUGAUACCAAGAAAGCACAUAUCGCCGACGAGGCCAUCACCAGAGCCAACUGGUACAAACACGUCAAUUGGCUCAAUGUCACCCUCAUUGUGGGAGUUCCCAUCUACGGAAUGAUUGCCGCCUACUCCACUCCUCUCUACUGGAAAACCGCCCUCUUUGCCUUUGCCUAUUACUUCAUGACUGGUUUGGGAAUUACCGGAGGUGUGUCAUAUUCUCACGACGAGCAAUGUUUUUUCCGUAGCUAACAUUUCAACCCGCAGGUUACCACCGCCUUUGGGCACACACCUCAUACUCGGCUCGCCUUCCUCUCAAAAUCUUCCUCGCUGCCGUCGGUGCUGGUGCCGUCCAAGGCUCAAUCCGAUGGUGGUCAAGAGAUCACCGAGCUCAUCACAGAUACACCGAUACCGACAAGGACCCAUAUUCCGUUCGAAAAGGACUCCUCUACUCGCAUUUCGGAUGGAUGAUCAUGAAGCAGAACCCAAAGCGUAUUGGCCGUACCGAUAUCUCCGAUUUGAACGAUGACCCCGUCGUCGUCUGGCAACACCGAAACUAUAUCAAGUGCGUCAUCUUUAUGGGCAUGAUCUUUCCUUGCUUGGUCACUGGUCUCGGAUGGGGAGACUGGAAAGGAGGAUUUAUCUACGCUGGUAUUCUCCGAAUCUUCGUCGUGCAACAAGCCACCUUCUGCGUCAACUCUUUGGCCCAUUGGCUCGGUGAUCAACCUUUCGAUGACCGCAACUCUCCUCGUGACCACGUUAUCACCGCUCUCGUCACUCUUGGAGAGGGUUAUCACAACUUCCAUCACGAGUUCCCAUCCGAUUACCGAAACGCUAUCGAAUGGCAUCAAUAUGACCCUACCAAGUGGUCUAUCUGGAUCUGGAAGCAACUUGGCCUCGCCUACGAUCUGAAGCAAUUCAAAUCAAACGAGAUUGAGAAGGGUCGUCUCCAACAAUUGCAAAAGAAGCUCGACCAAAAGAGACAAACACUUGAUUGGGGUAUCCCUCUCGAGCAAUUGCCAAUCAUCGACUGGGAAUCUUACCAAGCCGAGGCCAAGAAUGGCCGUGCUCUGGUUGCAGUUGCUGGUGUUGUUCACGACGUCACGGAUUUCAUCAAGGACCACCCAGGUGGGAAGGCCUUGAUCACAUCUGGUAUCGGAAAAGACGCCACCGCCAUCUUCAAUGGAGGUGUCUACAACCAUUCCAACGCCGCUCACAACUUGCUGUCAACAAUGAGAGUUGGUGUUCUACGAGGAGGUUGUGAGGUUGAGAUCUGGAAAAGAGCUCAACGCGAGAACAAGGACAUCUCAUUCGUCAGUGACUCAGCAGGCAAGAAGAUUAUUCGUGCUGGCAGCCAGGUUACUCGUAUUGCAGAGCCUGUUGCGUCUGCAGAUGCAGCAUAGAUUCUCUUUCUCUGUUAUUGCGUAUAAUUUUAAUGAGCUGAUGACCCCGGGGUCGGGUCCCAGGGGGAAACAAAAUUGUCGUUUUUGGUUUUGUGAGCGUGUUCAAUAGAUCAAGGGGUGGCGUUAUAUGGAUGGGAAAGACUACUUCUUUUUUUCACGAAAUCAGGACGGGGGGGUUUUAUGAUUCGAGCAUUCGCUGUGUAUUUGGUACUUAAUCCAAGCCAUAUUGUUGUGUGCAUGCAUGGGUUGGGAUGGACAUUGGCUGGCACACAUGGCUUUUUCCAGAUUCCAAAGACAAGACAGACAGACAUGUGCUCUCUUACUCCCUUUUUUAGAAUCAAUGGGAGCUACAGAAAUACAAAUAAAGAUGAUACUCCUACCUAAA